AUGCAUCCCUCAAUUGACUUUCGUAAUGUUAAUCUAGAGACUCAGUUUGGCGAGUACAGGCCAAAGCGCACGGCUCCAUCACCGCCAUCACAUCCCAUAACCAAUCAAGCGCAGACGCAUUCACAAGCGCACACUCUCAAUGACAUUGACUUGGGGCCACCGCUAUCAACGUCUUUCACCACUCUCCCUUCCAGCGCCAGCAACAGCUUCUCACCUUGCACCGAACCUUCUUCUUCUCCCUCCACCCACGAUACCGAGCAACAAACAUCAAAACCUAUGUCCAAUUCCCUGUCCCCCCCACCGCUCGUUCAUCAGAACAGCAGCCCUGUUGCUCUUAUGGACAAGAGCAAUCACGUCCACGAGGUGCACUCGAACACUCCCCCACAAUCCCCUCAAAGACCUCCUGUCUUGCAGCGCUCAGCUACUGUUUCUGGCAAUGUAAAAACCAGAGACACCUUCGAUAAGGACAAGAAACGAGGCGUCUUCUCCGGUUUCGCCUCUUCGCUUUCUGAUUUACUUCAGUUGCAAAAAAAGCCAGAAAUCUCAACUCCUUACGAUCCUGUACAUUUGACGCACGUUGGUUUCAAUUCUGACACUGGAGAAUUCACUGGCUUGCCUAAAGAGUGGCAGCAGCUCUUACAGGACUCUGGUAUUUCCAAGCAAGACCAAGAAGCUAACCCGCAAGCUGUUAUGGACAUUGUCGCCUUUUAUCAAGACGCUCAGAAUGCUCAAUACGGCGUUGACAAUCAAGUAUGGAAAAAGAUGGGUGGUGUUCCUAAUGGCCCUCCUAACCCUAAGGACAAAACGUGGAUAGCCAGACCUGCUCCCCCACCUCCGGGUCCUCCAGCCAGGUAUGGCAAUACGCGCGCAGCUCCACCACCACCGCCACCUAUGAAUAAAAGUGUUUCGAAUCCUGGCUCAGUUAGAGGUGAGACAGGUAAGGGUGAAGCUCCUAGACCUGCACCACCCCCACCUCGUCCAACGCCACCUCCACAACUUGAUAGGUCAGUCUCGCACCGUAUCCCACCAAACCCUACUUCGGCGUCACAGACUCUCGAGAGAGCUAAAUCUCAUCAGACGAAGCCAGCUGUUGUACCAAACAUGACUUCAUCGUCAACGCCAUACAGUCGUGCACCUCCACCUCUGCACAACCCACAAGCAUUGGGUAAACAACCCUCUGCAGCUUCUGCCGCACUCACCAGAGCUGCGGAAAAGACCAACAAGGCUAUACCACAAAUACCAGGCUCAUUGCAGCCCCAUCAAACACAAGGUCAUCCUAAUCAUGGUCCAGGUCCAGUACCUCGCAGAAGAGAGAAUAACGGAUCAAAUAAACAGUCAGAGGCUGAAAUUAUACAAAAAUUACAAUCAAUUUGCACAGACGCAGAUCCUACAAAACUUUACAAGAAUCUUUUAAAGAUUGGUCAAGGUGCUAGUGGAGGUGUGUACACUGCUUACCAAUCUGGAACUAAUCUCUCCGUUGCUAUUAAACAAAUGAAUCUCGAGCAGCAGCCAAAGAAAGAUCUCAUUAUUAAUGAAAUUAUAGUAAUGAAAUCAUCUCGACAUGUGAACAUUGUCAACUAUAUCGACAGUUUCCUCUUCAAAGGAGAUUUAUGGGUGAUAAUGGAGUAUAUGGAAGGUGGUUCACUGACGGAUGUUGUGACGUGUAAUAUCAUGACAGAAGGACAGAUUGCGGCUGUGUCAAGAGAAAUUUUGGAAGGAUUGAGACACUUGCAUGAACAUGGGGUGAUUCACAGGGACAUAAAAUCAGACAAUAUUUUGCUAUCUAUGCAGGGAGAUGUUAAGCUGACAGACUUUGGUUUCUGUGCGAGGAUUGGGGAGAAUGCAUCCCAUGCCAAGAGAACAACAAUGGUUGGAACACCUUACUGGAUGGCGCCGGAGGUGGUGACGCGUAAAGAAUAUGGGAGUAAGGUCGAUGUGUGGUCGCUUGGUAUACUUGCGAUUGAAAUGAUUGAAGGAGAGCCACCAUACCUGAAUGAGAAUCCUCUUAGAGCCCUCUACUUGAUUGCAACUAACGGAACACCAAAAAUACAAAGCCCAGAGAAUUUAUCACCAGUGUUUAGAGACUUCCUUGCUCGCUGUCUGGAAGUAGAUUACGAGAGGAGAAUGAAUGCAUUCGAUAUGCUCAGACAUCCAUUCUUGAAGAUGGCUGAACCAUUAAGAACUCUAGGACCAUUGAUAAAGGCGGCAAGGGAGCAAUCGAAGAAGUAA